AUGCAACGAGGAGGAAGAGAAAAAGGAGUAAAGAAGUUGUCUAAGAAAGAAAAAGAAAAAUUAGAAAAAGCAAAAGAAGAAGAACAACGUAAAAAAGAAGAAGAGAAACAAAGAAGAAGAGAAGAAAAAUUACUUGGAAUCAAACCAGACAGAAAUGAGAAGAAAGAGGUUAAAGAGGAAAAGAAUGAGGAUAUAGAAAAGGUUGAAGAAACAGAAAAAAAAGUUAAAAGUAAUAAAACUCCUAAGAAAAGUAAAGAACAAAAACGAAAUGAACGUAAUGAAAAGAAAGCAGAAAAGUUAAGAAAAGAAGAAGAAAUUCUUAAUCAGAAAGUUGAACAUAUUCCUGUUGAUACUUUUUCUGAAAACGUUCAAUUAGAAAUUGAAGAAGAAGUUAUUACUGUGGCUAAAGAAGAAAUACAUGAAUCAAAUGCAUUAGAAGAGUUUGAUACAAAGAAUGAAGUUAAAGAAAAAAAAGUAAAGAAAAAUAAAGUAGUAGAGUUAGAAAUCAAAGAAAGAAAUGGUAAAAUUAAUUUAAAAGGAUUACCAAAAGAAAUUAGAAAAAAGAAUAUUAUCAAUGAAGAAGAAAAAUUAGAAAUGCUUAAACAAUAUUUUGAACAAUGGAACGAACAAGCUGAUAUGGAUUAUUAUCCAUUCAAUCAUUUGAGUGCUGCUGAUAAUAAAGAUCUUAAUCAAAUAUUAAAUCAAAUUAGUAUAUCUAAAAGAAAGAAUUAUUUAAAACAAUAUAAAAAUGAUUCAUCAUUUUCUCUUGGAAAAUUAUUCUAUGUUGAAGCACUAUCAUUAUCAACUGAAACACUACAAUUUACUGAAGAAGAAAUUGAUAUUCAUUUGAUUUAUCUGUUCAUUCAACAUGAAGUUUACAAAGUAUAUUCUUUAGUUUUAGUUCAUCAACAAUCUCUUUCUAAAUUUGAUCUUACUCUUCAUAAACAGAUUAUUGAAACAUUAUUAAAUGCUAUUAAGAAAACAAAAUUACCUCAGGCUGUUUCUUUAAAAGCAUUCCAAGCAGCAUAUGCUCUUCAAUUAGAUUCAACUCCAUUAAAAGAAUAUUAUGCAGAAUUAAUUGAAAUUCCUAAUUUAUUAAAAGGAAAAGUUCCAUCUAAAAUCUUUGAAUUUGGAUUAUCUGAAUCAGUGGAUUUAGCUGCACAAAUGCUUGUUAUUGAUCCAUUGGCAUUUAGGUCAUGGGAUGAUUAUGUUUUAAAUAACCUUAAACAUUCAGAGCAAUUACUUCAAAUAGUGAAAACUUAUCAAACUGAUGAAUUAAAGUUAUUCUGCUCAAGGAUGAUUGAAACUUAUUCUAACAAUCCUAAAUUUUCAAGAUUUUUAAGAGAAUGUUCAUCAAUUGUUAAUCCAAUGAGUGUCUUAAAAUUAGUUGGCAUAACAAUGACAGUAUUAGUUUGUGUUGCUGCAAUUGCAUAUGUUUCACUCUUCUCCAAUUAA